AUGAGCACAUUACGGCGCUGGCAGUUGGUACAACGUAUGGUGCAACACUUUUGGCGGAGACGGAAACAAGAAUAUUUAACACAAUUCUUCCAAAGACAGAAGUGGGCUGCUCGAAUUCCGGAAUUUAAAGAAGGUAAUAUAGUUUUAAUAAAAGAAGAUAACUUACCUUUAGCCAAAUGGUUGUACGGUAAAAUAAUACAACUGCAUCCGGGGAAAGACAAUUUGACGCGUGUUGUUUCUAUUCGUUGCAAGGAUACCACGAUCAAACGUCCAACUUCAAAGCUAUGCUUGCUUCCCGUUGAGGCU